UCAGCCACUCACUGUCCAUGUUGUGGCUGGCUUUGCUUGCACUGUCCUUGUGGCCAACCGUCGCCGAGACCAAAGCCUCGGUGACGACCUUGAAGCUCCCAAAGCAAACAAUUUGCACAGGAGGCGGAAAAGAUCAGGAAUGCCUCACGGUGAAGGAUUUCACCCAAGAGGAACUCCUGUCGAUCUUGGAACCGCUAUUGACUCGGGUUCCGGAAUCCGGAAGGCCCUCUUGGAGGAGCUUGUUGUGCAGCCUGAUGGUGACCAUGAGCACGUGGGCCUUGCUGUUCAGUUGUCUGCGGGCAUGUUGUCGGCAGAAGGGCAGCAAAAAGGCCCGACAAAGCUGUGGCGUUCUCCGUCGCUGGGCCGGUGACUUGUGUGACGUCUUUUUUACCUUUCCGGUGAUGGGUGCCAGAAUGAUCUUGGGGGAAGUCAUCGCUGCGCCCAUUGCUGCCGCCUCCAUGGCACUUCAAGACAUGCAGACAGAGCAAACCUUGCGGUUGCAGCGACAGCUUCUGGCUGCUGAGAUGGAGAGUUCGUUUCCGAAGAAGCGAGAGCGAGGUCAUGGUUUGCUUCGGAGCAAACGUCGACCGGCCACCAUGGCCAAGGCCGACAAAGCCAAGGAGCUUUCCAGCUCUCACACAGUCAGACCACUGCCAGCUGCCCCAGCAGCUGAAGUUGUCACAGUUUCAGAAGAGGAAUUCGCCGGGGACUGGUGUCAGGUCCAACGCCAUGGCGAUCAUCCAAAGAGAAGCACUGCAGAAAAGGUGGAAGUCAGGCCAGAAAGAUGCAAGCGCCCGACGACACACAAGGAGGUGAGCCAAAUUGCGCCUCUGGUGGCCCCGGAGGGUGACAGAUCACUGGACCGAGCCAGGAAAGUUCCAAGUGGAAAUGCAGCGCCCACAGGCGCACCGGCUUAUGCCCCUCCACCACCAAGUGAGCGCGCCCUGUGUGUGGACGAGACUUUGGAGGUGCCGCGGAGCAUCGCUGUGAGGAUGAGUGCGCCUCCCACCGCUGCGCCGGUGCUGGACGCUCUCCAGGUGAAGAUCGUGGAGGAGCAGCGGCAGCAGCGGAGUGUUUUUAGUGCACCGAGCCGACCUCCUCCGCCAGAUGUUCCUCCACCACCUUGUCCAGGAUGCCUGGAGCCGAAGAUUGCCAUGGUGUCUCCGCCUCCGAGGCUCUGGUCGAGCAACUACGACAUGGGAUGUUUUUCUGGAGGGACCGGCGGUACGCCGGGACUGUCUGACUUGGAGGUGCGACGAGAAGCCCAGUGCGACAGUGCCCUGGAAGAUGACGUGGCCAAGCGUUUGGAAGCCAUGGUCGAGGUCACCAAUGGGGAGAAUGUGGAGUUGGACUCGGCAUUGCGACGCGAAAGAGAUGAAAUCGCCAUGCGUCAUGACGAGCUCAUGCACGAGUUGCACACGCUGUUGGACCAGGCUGAGAUGAAGAUGCAGGGUCCAAAGCUGGACAAUGCGCCCAUUCCAAAACCAGCUGCCGAGGAGCUGGAGGCAGCGGGGGAGUGGAAGCGCUUUACCUCUCAGUCUUCAGCCCGUUCCUCACCAAAAGAGGACCGAGAUUCACAAUUUCAUGUGGUGCGGAUUCAAGGGCAAACUCAGGUCAAACGUGAGUCCCCAAAUGAGGAGAAGAAGCGAGCACACGGAUCCCGCUUCGAGAAGAUGGACAAACAACGGUCCGCGAGCUUUGAUCAGAGAUCAGCCGCCUCCAAGAUGUUUCGAAUCGUGACCCACCCGCUGUUCGAGAGCGUUAUUUGCUCCAUCAUCAUGAUCAACACCCUAAUCAUGGCCUUUGAGACUCAGUAUUACGGUCUACAACUUGGCUAUGACUUAGGCAUCCGAACCUACGAUCUUCCGGCAAGCAAAGCUUGGCCCGGUGCAGAGUAUGCUUGGGAGAUCUCAGAAUGGAUUUUUGGCCCCAUCUUCCUGGUUGAGUUGCUGAUCAAGCUGAUGGGAAUGAAGCUGGCGUUCUUUCUGGAUAUUUGGAACAUUUUCGAUGCAGUCACUGUCAUAGCCUGGCUGAUUGACACAGUUUUGCGAGGCUUUUGGCCCAUCGAUCCCAUGUUACUCCGCCUGGCGAAGUUGGGACGUUUGUUGCGCUUGAUGCGACUGGUGCGCAAACUCAAGGGAUUUGACGCGCUUUACAUCUUAACCACUGCGCUGCGUGGCUCUGUUACAGUGCUACUGUGGUCCUUUCUAAUGCUUUUCUUGCUACAGUUGAUCUUCGCGCUGUUUCUGCAGAGGAUCGUUCAAGAGACAAUUGUUAGCGGAGAUCGGACGCCAGCGGUGCAGGAGGAGUUGUUCCUCCACUUUGGGACCUGCAGCAGAUCGCUUUUGACGAUGUUUGAAAUUACUUUGGGAAACUGGCCACCCGUGGCGAGGAUUCUGCAAGACCACGUGCAUGAGGCGUUUUGCGCCUUCUCGAUCCUCCACAAGAUCACCGUGGGCUAUGCUCUGAUUGCUGUCAUAAAUGGCGUAUUUUUGAAAGAGACAUUCUCUGCGGCGGAGAAUGACGAUAAAAUCAUGAUGCGCAACACGGAGAAAAAACGGGAUCAGCACAUCAAGAAGAUGAAGUCCUUGUUCGAGGCUGCCGAUGAGACCGGCGACGGCGUGCUGGACAGGGAGGAGUUCAUCCAAGUGAUGACAGACCCAGAGAUCGUGAACUGGUUAGCAGCAAUGGACUUGCAGAUUGCUGACCCAAACGCGUUGUUUGACAUGGUGAUCGGAGAACAUGAUGAAGAGGGCACAAUCAAUGCCGAGCAGUUGGUCAGGGGCGUCAGCCGCUUGAAAGGUGCUGCGAGGAGCACGGACAUGCACACCUUAUCAGCAGAAGUGAAGAAAUUGCAGCAGAGGUUGCAGGGACAGAAUCCCAGGUUUUCUGGUUCAAACCUGUCUGCUCUGCGGGCGUCUGUGCAUUCAGCAAACAGCGAAGCUCGACGGAAAUGGAGGGACCUGGAGCAGUGCAAUUUCCUGCAAUCUUUCUAUCUGGAGCCCGCCGUGGUCCAGUGCCCUUUCGUUGCUGUGCGCUGCUUCGCUGACUACUUCCUCUUCUACUUGGACGCGGACUUUGUGAACAUCGCCUACUACCUCUUCCUGGACUUGGCCUUCGACUACAUCUUGGACUACCUGACCUUGGACUUGGCCUACGACGACAUCCUGGACUACCUGACCUUCAACUUCGAGAUUCGUGUCUUGGGCGACGGUGGUGACAUUGGCACUCACACUUUGGCCAAUGGUGAUCAGGUUUUCAUUGCAAGAGACACCAUGAACUGCAUGGGAACCCUGCCCUUGGACAAUGAGGUCCCCAUCAGCACAUUUGUCAGGUAUCAUCGACAUGACUGGAUCACUUUGGAAAAUCGAGUACUUCAUCGAGAUCGAGCCCUACAUCGUCUCAAGUAUGCCAAUUUGGCAACGGAAGCAAGAGUCUUUCUUCAGAUCCAUCAUCUUUCUUUGGUGGACCGAGAAGGUGAGAAGCCUCGAGAACCUUUCGUGGGAGAGCUCUACACGGAGACUGAGCCCAUCUCUCGAGCUGCUCUUCGAAGAGGUCAUGCAAUUUGCCCUUCAGUGACACUGAAGACUGGCUAUGAUUUGAGGCAUCGCCGACAUCGGAAGAGAGCAAACUUGCUGAUCCGAAAGCAUCGACCUUACUGCCUGGUGAUUGCCUUUCCCUGCAGUGUUUGGUCGACUCUCCAAAACCUUGGACCAAAAGGAGACACUAGCAAGCGCAGAAGGCUUGAGAGGAGACGCAAGAUGGAGGCCAUCCUGGUGGAGUACGCCGCUGAGAAAGCUUUGGAUCAACUUCUACAUGGAUGUCACUUUCUGAUGGAAAACCCAGCCAGUUCCUCUGCCUGGCGACUGGUUGGAAAACUUCGAGAAUUGGUCGAGCGCCGAGCAGAGAUUGGUCUCUACUACGUGCGGAUCGAUCAAUGCUACUUCGGAUUGAAGGGAGCAGGAGGUGGUUUGCACUACAAGCCCACCAACAUCCUGACUUCGAGCUAUGAGGUUGCAUAUGCCUUGCAGGACUGCCGAUGCUCCAAGGAUCACCAACAUGAGCCGGUCAUUGGAGGCCACAAGGUGACUGAGCUGGCAGGCCAUUACCCCUCUGCACUUUCUGAGCUCAUCUUGGAUGGCUUAGAGGCUCAAUUUGAACGUCUUUACCAUGAGGUGAACGUGGUGUCACCUGACGGUCCUGGAGAAGAUGGUCAUGAGACUGACGAUGAUGAGGACCUGGAUGACGAUGGUGAUGACGAUGGAGAUCAACCCGACGACAACCUUGACAUGGGAGAGAUUGGAGAUGGUCUUCAUGCUGACCCGGAAGGUCGAGCCCCUGGAGAAGAAGCUUUAGAAGAUGCUGAAGCUGCUGAUCCUGGUGCAGAUGGAGGUGAUCAACCCACUACAGCUGAGAAGAAGCUUGCGGCCCACUUGCAUGAGGUGACAGGACAUCGACCUGUACUACGUCUUGCACGAGCUCUGGUUCUGACUGGUGCUCAGCCUGGACUUGUCAAGGCUGUGAAACAACACAAAUGUGAAGUUUGCCAAGAACUGCCAACGGUGAAAACUCAUCGACCUGCUGGCAUUCCACGUGCCCGCAACUUCGGAGACAGAAUCUACAGCGAUUUGUUUUCAGUGCCUGAUGCGCGCCUGGAGACUUUCUGGAUAGCUCAUGCCAUUGAUGGCGCUACCCGCUACCAGGUUGCCAAGGUGUUGGACAACAAGACUGCUCCGGAGGUGGUGAAGUUCAUGGAGGAAUCCUGGUUUCAACCAUUGGGGAUUCCAGCUUCAAUGACUGUCGACAUGGGGAAGGAGUUCACUUCAGCCCUCUUCAUGGACAAAAUGGCAUUCUAUGAUGUUGCAGUUCAUCACAUACCUGUUGAAGCCCCAUGGCAAAAUGGACUUGCAGAACGGUCCGGUGGUGUGCUCAAAGCUGUUUUGCGAGCAACCAUUCACCAGACCUCAGCCUUGGGAAUGGAUGAUGUUCGUGGAGCCCUCACUGCAACGUUGGAGGCAAUCAACACUGACACCGAAGGUGUUGGCUACAGCCCUUCUCAAAUGGUUCUUGGAAAGAAUCCACGAGUUGUGGGAGCUGCUGGAGCAAACGAACUUCGCUCACGGCUACCGACUCAAACUCGAGCUGAUGAAGCAAGUUUUGCAAGAAUGCAAGCUAUGAGAGAGGUUGCAAAACUCUCUAUGCUGAGGGUUCACUACUCUCGAGCACUUCGACGUGCCGCAGUUUCAAGACCAAGACCAACGAUUGGAUGGGAACACUACAGCAUUGGCGACGUUGUAUACUUUUUCAGGGAACAGAAGGCGAUCCCAAAGAAGAUGAAACUGAUCCAGCGUCGACGACUUGCCCUACGUCGAUGGCAUGGACCUGGGAUUCUCCUGGCUUUGGAAGGUGGCAACAUCCCCUCUGUGAUUGAGGCCAAUGAAGAUGUGGCUCAACCACCAGCUCUCCAAGAUGGAGCACCUUUGGAGGCAGUGCCUGAGUUGGAUGAGGUGGAACGUGGAGAUGAUGGACAACCCCGUUCUGAUCAAGGUCAACAACCAGCUCAACAACGAGCACUACCUGCACGUGGAGUCAUCAUGGAGAAUCCCGUGGUGUUUCCAUAUCCGUUCUCAAGGGAGAUGAUGCCUACUCCUUUGGCUCUGGAUGGUGCCCCUGGAUCUACCGUUAUGACCAACUUGGUUCUCAAGAGCUACAACCAGAACAGACCUCUCAACUUCCGCAACAAGUACCUGGAGUACCUUCACUGGAAGAGCCUCCUCCAAGGAGAUUGGAUCGAGCUGGAGCUGCAGUUCGUCGUGCUCUUUCUGAAGGAGCUCAAGAUGAUCGCCCUGGAACAAGUGUUGAAGGGUAUCUUUGGCUUGGCCGAUGAUCCGAGAGCUUGGUAUCUGCGCUUGGCCAGAGAGCUCAGCGAGGAUGGAUGGUGCAGAAGCUCCUUGGACCUUGCUCUAUGGGUUCGACAUCAAGAUGGUGAAUUGGUUGGAAUCCUUGCUGCUCACGUGGAUGAUUUGCUGAUGUCAGGAAACUUGGAAUCAGAACGAUCACUGCUCCGCUUGGGUGAGCGCAUUGGUUUUGGCUCAAUCGAGAAGGACCAGUUCGUUUGGUGUGGCAAGCAGUUCACCAAGAGCAAGGAGACUGGGGAGGUGACCAUAGAUAUGAUCACCUACCACAAGAACUUGAAACAAGUUGCUGUGAGCAGAGAUCGCCGACAAGAUCCCUCAAGCCCUUUGAAUGCGCAGGAGCACAGACAGCUUCGCGGUGCAUUGGGAUCACUGCAGUGGUUGGCAGGCCAAUGCCGUUUUGACUUGGCAUUUGAUGUGUCUGCACUCCAAGGAGAAGUACCAGCUACGGUAGGCACAUUGCUCCGUGCCAACAAGGUGAUCAAGGAGGCUCAGGUGACACAGGAGUUCAAGCUCCGCUUUCAUCCAAUCGACUUCGUGAAAGGUGGUGUGAUGUCUAUCACGGACGCAGCCUUGGGAAAUGUAGAUUCCAGAGGAUCUACUGAGGUGGACAAGCUGGAGAAGGUUCACAGUCAGAGCUGCUACGCCAUUGUCCUUGCGGAUGAAGUGAUGAUGAGCGGUGGUACCGGCUUUUUCAAUCUUUUGGAUUUCAGAAGCCACAGGUUGCAGAGGGUAUGCAGAUCCUCCUAUGCAGCUGAAACCUUGGGAGCCGAGGAAGGCUUGGACGCUGGUGAGCUUUGCAGAGGAUUCAUUGCUGAGCUGAGAGGCCAGGUGAUGACCGACAAGCAGGCGUUUUUCAAGGUUUGUUUGGUGCCUUUGAUGGGAGUUACCGAUGCCAAGGACUGCUAUGAUCGAGUCAGUCAAGACUUGGGCUUCGGAACGCAAAAGUCCCUUGCGUUCACCAUUGCCGCCAUCAGACAGCAAUUGAGACGCCCCCAGACGUCUUACCGCUGGACAUCGACACAGAAUAUGUGGGUCGAUGGUGGAACCAAGCACAUGGACAAGACCAACCUUCGAAAGACGUUGGGGCGUGGCACAUGGUCCGUAACAUACACUGAGGAAUUCACAAAGCAGACCAGCCGGAAAGCAAAGAAAGCUGACACAACUGCUGCUGAUCUACCUGGACGAGACCCCGAGGUGAAGGAUGAGAAGCUGAUGCAGUAUGUGUACCAGCUGGCCGAGAUGGUUGGAUGGCACUACAUCGACGGGACUGGGAUUCAUGUGGCUCAUGGAGCAAAAUCGCUUCGAAGCCCGCAACCCAGGUUUGCAGUGCGAGAAUACCCACUUCGCACAACAGUGGCAUGCUGGAAGACCCCAAACGGGCCUACUUGGCGUGUGGUGGAAGAACGAGCUGAUCUACGAGAUCUGCAAAGUCACCAUGGACUUCUGACUGAGAGAUGCGAGCGGCUGGUGACAUUCUUUCAUAGCACAUGA